UUCUGUUUGUGCAAGCCCAGUAACUAUACCAAACAGAGAGAAAGAAAGAACAUAACCUCCAAAAUUCUCCUCCCUGUUUGGUUUUCUUUCCUCUCCAAAUAAAAUCCUUCGAUUUUUAGUACAGAGGAAAGAAAACCCAUCUCCUUCAUUUCCUUCUCUUUCCACAAAUCGGCACAUUCCCCUUUUAGAGACAGAAAGAACCACAUUUCGUCGUUAAAUUUUGAAAAGAAUAUAUCGUCUUUUGGUUAAAAAGAGAAAAAAUGGAGAUGGAUGGAAAGAAAUUUGCUGUUCUCCUUUGCGCAGAAGAUUCAGAUUAUACGAAGAAGAAGUACGGAGGGUAUUUUGGGUUGUUUGCAAGAAUGCUGGGGGAGGAAGGAGAGACAUGGGCUGUUUAUAAGGUGGCAUGUGGAGAGUUUCCCGAUGAUGAUGAGAUUGACGGCUUUGAUGGGUUUGUGAUCACUGGAAGCUGCAAUGAUGCUCAUGCGAAUGAUGUUUGGAUCUGUAAACUUAUGAAUCUGUUGAAGAAAUUGGAUUCUAUGAAGAAGAAAGUUCUGGGUAUCUGUUUUGGACACCAGAUACUAGCUCGCUCACUAGGAGGAAAGACUGGUCGUGCCGUUUCAGGCUGGGAUAUAGGUGUCACAGCCAUCCAUUUCUCAUUGGCAUCAUCAAAACUUCUAUCAGCACAGAAAAUGCCUGCUUUUUUAUCUGUGAUAGAAUGCCACAGGGACGAGGUGAUAGAACUCCCUCCAGAAGCAGAGGUAGUGGCAUGGUCUGAUAAGACUGGAAUUGAAAUGUUUAGAUAUGGUGAUCACAUGAUGGGCAUCCAAGGUCAUCCUGAAUAUACUAAAGACAUUCUCGUCCACUUGAUUGACAGACUUCUCCAACGCAAUUUUAUCAUGAGUUCAUUUGCUGAUGAGGUCAAGGCAAAUUUGGAGGAGCAAGAGCCAGAUAGGGAGGCAUGGAAGAAGUUAUGCACCAACUUUCUCAAGGGCAGAUUAUAGUUUUAAAAAGAAAAAUACAAUUUCAUCCCUAGAAAAAAAGUGAGGGACUGAAUUGUAAAUAAGAAUAAACAACUUGGAAGAGGGUUUUUUAAUGGGUUAAUGAAGCACCCACACCUCUAACACGAGGAUUAGCUAAACUUAUGUUUUUAGUAAGGUGGGUAGGCAUUAAUUAAGAGAUGGUUUAGGCUAAACAAAAGAGCUUGGAUUAUGGAAAUUAGGUUUUAUUAGGUUGGGGCAUUUUCACGUCUGGGACCUUUUUUUUUUUGCUAAAAAUGGUGACUUGGCACCGUUUAAUAUGAAAAUAAAACAUCUUAUCAAGUUUUAU